AUGACGGUUCUUCGUCAUCGGGUAAUGCCAUCGCAAGCAUGGUCCCUCCACAAUCGUCAGCAAUCGCAGGCUUUUUUGUUUUCUUUUGCUUCAGCGGCUGAAGACUACUCCGUACUGAGUAAGGCUUUGGCUCAUGAUAUAUCUCGGCCGGGAUGA